AUGGGUUUCGUCGACCGUACCGCAGAAUUCAAGGACGUCCUUCAAGAAGCGAAAGGCGCUGUCUCGCAGGGCAAACGACACAAGGCCUCAUAUGAUGUCCCUAACGUGAAUGUAUUUGGAAAACAAUAUUUAGAGGAAGCCUAUGCGAUUCUCAACCAUAUUGGCACUCUCACGCGUAUGCUUUCUGGCAUACGGAAGCCUUACCUGAGUGUAGAUGCACACGUGCCACUCUCGCGACAUGGUUCCCUUGCCAUCGAUUUGAACGAUUCUACAAAAUCGUGGUCGGGAAUACGUUACCUCACAGACGAGGAGCGGGACCAGGUUGACCUGCAGGCACGUGUCAUUCUCAGUAGAUGCGCAGACAGAGUCAGAGAAAUGGAGACACUCGAAAAGCGUCGUGCGGAGCUGGCCGCAAGUAAUGUAAAUCCCUUAACACGCUUCCUGCCCGCCCGCCUGAAGAACAACAAUUCGACAAUAAUUUCGGAUUUCACAGCGGCGCAUCACUCCAGUAUAACGUGGUAUCUUAGCAGGCGUCUUACAGAAGCCAGCCAGAGUCAAAAAGAAAUGCAGGAGGAACGCGUCAAGCGUCAGCUUGAACGCACGCGGACUCUAGGAUCCAAUGCAACACAAGAGGCAAUGGAUAUCGUUUCAAAGGGACCUGUGCAAUAUAAACAACCUAUUGGCGGAGUGGGCGAUAGCUGGUUGGGAGGUGCUUCAUCAGCACUCGUCUCAGGGAUCGCCGCUACCAUCGGGAGCAGCCGCCCUGUUGCCCAACCGAAAACGCUUACUCCUGUUUCAUCAUUAAGUGACCUGGACGGAGACGACGAGGAUAUUGAGCUUUCGCAGUCUCAGAUACUUCAAUUCGAGACGGAGAAUGCAAAUAUUCUCCGAUCCGUUCAGGACACUCUCGAGUCCGUACAACAAGCCGAAGCACGAUUGAUGGAUAUCAGUAACCUCCAAAUGGAACUGAUGACACAUCUUACACAGCAAACGGAGCUGACUGACCAACUAUACGAGGACGCGAUUGCAACCACAUCUACCGUAGAGAAGGGCAACGUCCAGCUGAGAGAGGCGCGUAGACGUGCCAAGGACAGUCGAAUAUUUAUACUUGUUUUCCUGAUUGGAGCCAGCUUCUCCUUGCUUUUCCUUCACUUUUACUAG